AUGUUUAUCGCAAAUGAUAUUAACGACGUGUCUGUACUCAGCGCGCUCAACGAGUCAUCGUACAAGCUAGCUAGUGAUUUAUCGCUGCCGAAAAAAUUAGAAGAAUGCGAUUUCGAAGAAAUUUUAUAUCUGUUGGAUAAUCACUUCACACCAAGGCGAAGUGGAUUUGCAGAAAGACACCAUUUUCAUUCGGCAACACAACGAUCGGGUGAAAUGCAUACUCAGUGCGCGACGGCUAGGUCCUAUAAGUGUAAAAAGUGCCGUCAAGAAGGUCAUUUGCGUAGGAUGUGUAUCCUCGGCAAUAAGGUUUACUUUAUCGAGAAAAGUAAUAUGGAUGAGGACUCUGACGGAAACUCGUCAGCACAACGAUCAGCAUUGGCUCAUGUGCUGGUAGUUGCAGGUUUGAUUCCCGCACAUGGCAUACAUUUGUAUAGGCCAUACAUGUUUGCCAUGGUGUGGGCGUUUGUACUUGUGUAUUAUGUGUGUUUCCGGACCCCGAAAGAAGGAACCAUGGUGGUCAGUAAGAAGAACGAGUGGUUGAUAGGGAGUGGCAUGGGGUUGAUCGGGGUGGGAGUACUCUUCAGCACGACAUGGUCAGCGAUAUUCCACGCGAAGAUACAGCAAAUGAUGAUUCUCAAAGAGGGAUCGACUUCAUUCGGCAUCUGGCGCGAGAUCCCCAUACCAAUCUACUUGGAGUGCUUCCUUUUUAACAUCACAAAUGUGGACGAACUAUUAGCUGGAAAGAACGUUACGAUGCGGGUGCAGGAGUUGGGACCCUACGUGUUUAGGGAGAUCAAUAAGAAGGUCAAUAUAAGUUGGAAUGAAAACAGUACGGUGACAUUUAAGAAUCAGAGAUUUUGGUACUUUCAGCCUCACUUAUCGAAUGGCAGCCUCUCUGACAACGUCACUAGUAUUAAUCCUGUUGUAGCGACAAUUGCAUACACGUUACGCACGGAGCGAAUAAUGUUAAAAAUAAUUGCAGAUAUGGCCAUGAGAAUGUACCAUUCAAAUAUAUUUCUAACAGCUAACGUGUCGUCGUGGCUGUUCGAAGGCGUCCAAGAUCCUAUACUGGACCUCGUAGGGCACAUCCCUGGUCUUCCAUACACAAUACCGUUUGAUAGAUUUGGAUGGUUUUAUAAAAGAAAUGGAUCAAUAGAUACAGAUGGCUUGUUUGUAACGAAUACUGGGAGUGCAAAUUUUAGAGAUCUUGGCAACAUUGAACGUUGGCAAAAUUCAAAUAGGACCGUGUACAGAGAUCAGUGUGGAGAAUUGAAAGGAACAACAGGGGAGCUUUGGGCCUUGGAGAAAGACCAGCCAGAGAUUAACAUAUUUGCUGCAGAUCUUUGCACGCAUAUGCCCUUAGCGUAUUCCGGAAAAGUUAUGGUACGAGGUCUACCCGGAGUGGAAUUUGCAGCCAAUGACUCGCUUUUUGAUAAUGGUCACAAGUAUCCAAAUAUGGCGUGUUACUGCGAUGAAGUCAGAGAUGAGAACUGCAUGCCCGCUGGGGCACUAAACGUAUCAUCUUGCAAGUAUGGUGCCCCAGCCUUCGUGACCCGGCCUCACUUCCUUGGCAUGGAUUCCUAUUAUCCUAGCAAGAUUCAGGGACUGAAUCCCUCUGAGAAGCACAACUUCAGAAUGUCAAUAGAGCCAAUAACUGGAAUGCCAUUGGCUAUCUCUGCUCAGCUACAAGCUAACGCUCUGGUGAGACACAUACCAGGUCUCAGUAUCAAUAACCAGCUACCAGAUCCAGAUAUGCUGGUCCCGAUGUUUUGGUUUCGAGAAGACAUUCAGGUCAACGAGGAAUAUGCAAACUUUGCAAAAACCGCGCUUGGAGUUCGCUUUGGAUUUCCGUAUGGUUUCUAUUUAUUUAUUAUUAUCGGUGUAUGUCUGAUAGUCAGUGGCAUAUACAGAAUAAGAAAAUUCGCAUUAGCGAAGAUAAGAGAAGCAGACAUCGCCGCGUCACAGAAAUUUUUGAGCCACGGCGAUAAGAAACUCGGUCUACAAUCACUUCAAAAUAAUCUGUGA